GCUGUGUCGGCGCCGCUGGUUGGCUGCCGUUCAGAGAGCCGGCCGGUGAUUGGCGGAGCGAUGGAGGCGGCGGCGGCCGGCGCCGGGCUGCUGCUGCUGGUGGUGCCGGCUCUGGUGCUGGUUGUGCUGGUGCUGGUGUGGCGCCGCCGGCGGGCCGGACGCGUGCCGCCGCCGCCAGGGGGGAGGGGCGCCAGUGACGCCGCCGCCGUCAGCGCGGCAGGCAGUGACGUGCGGACGGUGGAUAUGUGCAGUGUGGUGGAGGGGGACGGUGACGAGGUGCUGAUGACCACUUCGUACGAGGAGUGGUCGGCGGUGGCCCAGGACGAGGAUCAGAUCCGGACCAUGGCCACCGCCGAUCUGAUGGAGUUUUACGCCAACGAAAUCGUGGAGGACCUGGCGCACCGACCGUACGUGGAGCUCGGCCUCCACUCCGACUCCGACUCGGAGCUCGCCAACGCCUACUCGGGCCUGGAGACCAUCAUGGAGGAGACCUCAGACGACAUGCGCAGUGACACUGAGAGUAUGCGCAGUGACACGGAAAACAUGCGCAGCGGCCCCACCAGCUGGGCGUGGUCUCAGGACUCGGCCGAUGUCGAGACGGUCAUCGACGCUGGACGGGGCCGCGACUCGCGCUUUGAAGACGACUUCAACCCUCUGGAGCACAUGGACGCGGCGGCGCUGGAAGGCACAGGUAAAAUGUCAAGUGGUGUCUCGCUCCGCUCGACGAAUUCCGACAAAUACAGACAGCUGUUUGAUUUCGAGGCGUUUCUGAACGGCGACCAGGUGCGGCGCGCGCCGUCGGCCGCCUCCCAGCCGCCGUCGAUGGACCCGAUAUUCGCCACUAGCGCCACCCAGUACCCGUUCUCGGACUCUGUCCAGGCGGCGCCUCUGUCGCGGCCCACCGAGCCGCCGCCGCCGCCGCCGCCGUGCGCUGCCGACCACGGCUUCAGGCUGGGCCCGCUGCAGGGCUCGUGCCACUCGAACCCGUUCGCCAGCCUGCCGGAGCGGUCGGUGGAGGGUCCGCCCGAGCUGGUGUUUAGUCUGGAGGAUGUUCUGGACCACCGGACACGACCGGGGCAGGAGCCUGGGAACGGCGGCCGGGCGCCGCCGCCGGCCGGUCAUUUAACGACUGAGAGUGCUGCCGGCGGCGCCAAGGUCCUGGGAACCUCCUGUAACGGCGCGUCAGGGGUCAGCGGCGCGGCGCCGGACGGGAGCGGCUGCGGUAGCCGGCUCAGUAGCGCUCGGUCAGUGACGGGAACCGGAGGUGGCAUCAGAAACGACCAGCCGGGCCAGCCACCGACAGCACCGGGCCACAGUGGACCCAAGUGGGACCUGGGCAGCUGUGAGGACUUUGAGAACCUGAACCGGCGCAUCGAGUCGCUGACAUUUGACUUUGAGGAGGAAGAGCGGCGCAGUCUCGAGUACAUCGUCGACGGCGACGGCGGCUCGUCGGAGGGGAGCGACAGUCCGGCUGAUUCGGGUCUCGGCGGAGGGUCACAGGCGCCGCGGCUGCGUGACUGCCGCAUCAGACGCUUCCACAGCUUCGGCGACUUGAGCAUGAUCACGGAGGACGAGCUGCAUGAAGGCGGCAGCGAGCACAGUCUGACGACCACGGACGCGGAGCGGUGGGCGCCGCCGGCCGAGCGGCCGCGUCGCCGGCGGGCCGGCCACCCGGGGCUCCUGAGACAUUCGAGCGAAAAUCUCAGUGAAGACUCGGGCUAUGGCGACCACACGGGCGACCGUGUCAGCCCUCCGAACCCCUCCGGACGCUCGACCGGCCUUCUACAGCGCAGCCCGCCCCCGUCCACCGGCUCGGCCGCCGCCGCCGGCUCCCACCGCAGCCCGCUGGGACGGCUGUCCAAGUCGACCUCUGACCUGAGUCCGGGGUCACAGCGGCGCCGGCGCCUGCUGGAACUGAUCUCACGCGACGAGCAGCGCCGGGCGCGGCUAUACAGCGACGCGCCCCGCUCGGACGCCCGCCUAUCGCCGCCGAGACUGGCCGACGCCCCGCCCCCCGUCGACAGCGAUGAGGGCGAGACGCCGUCGUCGACAGGGGACGGGGACGGCGGAUACGCGGCGUUAGAAGGCGACGGCGGCGCCAGAGACAGCCCGACAGAGGUGGAGAGCGUGCUCGUGCUGCUGGAAAACGAAGAAAGCAACUCUGUGAUUCAGGUGCUGCGUGAGAAAGUGGCACGCGCGCGGGCACUGGACAGCAUGGCCUCGGCGCCGGUGCCGGCACCCCGCUCCACCGUGGCACGCGCCCCAGCUGUCUAUCAGAACGUGCCGACCAACGCGCGCGGCCGCCGUGCCACCGCACCCGCUCGGCACUCGAGUGAGACGGCGCCGCUGGACCGACGCGUCAAACGAGACAUAGAACAGUUCGAGCGUAUCAAAGAGGCGUUUCUCGAGAAAGGUACGUACAAUGUGCACGCUGAUAUGGCUCAGCGCUCACAGCCGGCGCAGGCGGCGGACGGUCGCUCAGCGGCCGACCUGAGCUCGGACCGGCCGGCCGAUGGAGGUCGAACCGACGACCCCCUCCCCACCGACGCGGCGCGAUCAUCGACGGAUACCGGCGGGGCGACCGGGCGCGCUGGUGUCAACAAAGGGGCCGCUGAAAUGGGACACGACCCGGGCGGUAACCAAGGUCACCAGCCGAGCGCCACACGGGCCGAGCCCACCGACCAGCCUCGCGACAUCUAUUUGUCGGAGAGCGAAGCUCAGUUUAUGUCUAUGUACCGCUCUGCGGUCGGCCGACCGAAACCACUCGAUCUCAAACUAGCGGAAGAGUUCCUACUGCUGGAGGGCAUUGAGGGGGAGGAGUACCCGGCGGACGGGUUACCGUGCGGCCGCGAGUCGCCGCGCGGCCGGCGCCGCUCGCAGGAGCGUCCCUGCGUGCCACCGCCACGGGAAGAGGUGGCCACUGCGGACGGGCAGCCAAUCAGCGGCGGCGCCGGCGAGGGUGAGCGGACCGGGCCGGACUGGACGCCUGGACCGGGCCGCAGCCGCAGUCUGUGGAACCUGGCGGCCGCAGUGGACGGCCAGCCGGCGCCCGAGUCGGCCGCUGUCACCUGCGACUGGCAGCGCUCGCGCAACCGCACCGGCGCCUGGCUGCUCAGCAAGAGCGUGCAGGACCUGUGGUCGGAGAACAACAUGGACUCACCGCGCCGGCUCGACUACUACAACCAGACGAUGGAGUGGCCGGGCAGCGGCGACUACCUGGCCUGCAGCGCCGAGAGGCUGCGCAGUCCGGCGAGCCCCGCCUCCUCCUCCGGCCGGCUGUCGGAGCCGCACUGCGCGCCGACGCGACCCGCGCCGCCGCCGCCGCCGGCCGCGACGCUAAAUUUAGACGGCGUCGCGGCCACGUGCGCCGAGCUGAAGUUUGCGCGUCCGUCGGACGUGUGCUCCAGUUGGUUGGUGGCCAGUAUGGAGCCGGAGACGAGCGAGCAGAGAUCGCUCAACGGACAGGCGUUCUUCGUGGAGCCCUCAUCAGCGGCGGGCGGCAGCACCGGCCACCUGAACGGUACCCUCUCCGCAGCGGACGGAGGCGACUCGCGCACAAUGAGUGUGAACAACUCCUUCACGGCGCGUGUGCCGGUCAAGGCAUACGGAGCCGGUAGUGAUGUGGAGGUGUACAUAAACCGUGAACAGACGGCCGCGCAGCCGCCGGCGGAGCGCAGCCGUGAGUCGGCAGACGGUGAGGGAGUGACUGUGCGCACCAAGCCGCGCGGAGUGCAAUUCAGUCCUAUGGUGUCCGAGGUCCAAUGGCGUGAGAGCUAUCUGGAGGAUGAGCCGGACCGGCGCUCGAUGAACACCUUCCAACAACAGCAGCAACAUCAACAGCAUCAUCAGCAGCAACAGCAGGAGGGCGGAAGCCAGCAGGCCCCGACCACCCACACCGCGCCGUCGUCAGCCGUGGAGACAGGUAAUCAGACGGCGCGCCCGAGGGCAGCCCGCUCUCCGCCGCCGGCACCUCCGCCCCGUCAGACACACCCCACCGCUCCUGAGCCGCCGCAGCGCACCAGCGGGUCCACUGACCGGCUCUCUGUGACAGAGUACGGCGGCGCGGCCGUGCUGCGGCCUGUGCGGCCUCCCACUGUGCCCGUGGUAGCCCCGCGCAGCUCUGCCAGCCUUCCGGGCCGCGGAACGGACAGCGGUGUUCAUUCUGACACUGCUGCUAAAUCUGCCACCGCUGAGCCGAUCCGUGGCCGGGCGAAUGGAGGCCAGGCCUCGCCUCUGACAGUGAGGAUGCAAGAGAACAAGGCUGAAAAGGGCGAGAAGCCGGAGAAGCCGCCGAAGUCGUCGGUGCUGCAGCGACUCGGUCUGGGCCGUCUGUCCGGCAGGUCCAAGCCCAAGCCGCCGCCCAAGCCAGAGAACAUCAAGCCGACGUCUCGGUCACCACCGGCCUCGCCGCCGCCGCCGGUCCCACCGCCGCAGCCGCUGCAGACCCCAGUCAGUACGAGCGAGACUGAGAGCCGCCGACCGGUCACCUCUACCCCAGUGGUCGGACAGCGAACGGCCUCUCCGGUCCCCGCCCCCGUGGCGUCUCCUGUGGUGGGUCAUGCUCAGGGAACACCCGUGUCGGUCCCGACAGCGGCACCGGGUCAGGAGAAGGCCAACCUGUCCCCCAUCCCGUCGUCAGAGUCGAGUCAGUCUCCUGUCGAGCAGUCGGUGCCCAAAUCAGAGUUCCACGCCCCGCCCAGCCCGGCCGUGAGAGCCAAGACUUUGUCUCUGCCGCGAACGGCCGAUAUCAAGCUGGAGAGCACGCCGGUCGUGUCUGGGUCCGGCGGCGCUGUCAGUUCUACCAGUCCGACGGGCACGCCCAACUCUGCCGGUGUGCCGAUCUCGGACCCCUCCAGUGCCGGCCGACCUGCCGCCAAGCCGCCGCUGCCUCCUCAGGCACUGCGCACCCAGACGCAGGCGGCGCGCGCGCGGCUGACCAGCGCGCGGCGCAACUUCUUCCAGCUCGACCAGCAGCGCGUCAUCCCGCUGCGCUCGGUACCGGCGCCGCCCAUCCCGGACUCGGCACAGCCGCCCGCUACUCGACCCUCCGCCGCCUCCGACAUCAAGGACGCGUUCGAGCGGUUCAGGCGGCGGGCGCAGGAGGACCGUGCGCGCCUCGCCAAGAGCACGCCCGACCUCAGCCUGAUCGAGUCGGCGACUCGUAGCAUAGUGCGGCCGAUACCGGCGGCGGCCGCGACGCCAUCGUCGGCGGCCGGCCUGUCUAUUGAUCGCCGCCGCGCCGCCGCCGAGCCGGCCGCCACCAGCCCGCACUCGGUGACACUACAGGAGAAAGGCAAUGUGGUCAUUCUGCACGCGGACGGCGGCGCGGCCGCCGCGCGGCCCCCCUCCAAGAGUCGCGACCGGUUCGCGCAGCGGCGCGCGGCGGCUCUGGCACGCGCGCGGAGCCGCAGCGUCGGCGUGCUAGAGACGGACAUUGACGCGCCUCACCAGGAGACCGAUUUGGACGCGAUCGUUCUCAGUCUACAGCAGUGUAUCGACGAGGCCUCGCCGCCGAAGGAGAAGGCCAAGAGCCUGCUGCACCUGGACCGAGGCGGCAUGGAGUUCUCGCUGCCGCGCGGCGCUGACUCGCGCGCCAAGUCCAUGGAGUUCCUGCUCGACGACGAGAACAAGACUGCCGUACAGCCGCCCGAGAAUGACCUGAUGAGGGGCGAACGGCAGCUGAGCGAGCACGAGCUGCGCUUCCAGCGCUCGCUGCGCAACCUCAACACGCCCGAGUGGUACAAAAAGUCCAGCGCCAAGCCGGAGACUACACUCCGGAGGGACUAUGGCUCCGGAUCGCUGGCAGGCGGCUGGUCGGGCUUCAACUCCAAGUCGACCUCCAAGGAGAGCCUGCAGUCGAGUCGGUGCACCACACCCACCACCCAGUCCAAGGUGGUGAUCCCCAGCCGGGUGCGUCCGCCCGACUGGCGCUAUGUGCGCGGCACCUCCCGGGAGAGCCUCACCAGUCCGGGCUCGGGCGCCGCCUCGCCGGCCGCUAGUGACCGCGGCCCUGGCCUCUACUUUGGCGGUGUGGGGCGGGCCUCCCAGCCGAGCAGUGGCACCCAGAGCCCGGUGGGCAGCGGCACCGGCAGUCUGGGAGGCCACGGACGGCGUCCCGUCUACAUGGGCUGGCGGAGUCAGGAGCGGCUCGGCCAGGGCUACCAGACGCCCGUCGACCGGCUGGCCAGCAGUUUCUCCCGCGGCCGCAGCGAGGGGAACCUGACCAGCGGCGGCGGCCGGCUGAGUCUGCCGCGCAGCUCGGGUGCCAGCUCGGCGGCCGGCAGCACCGGCUCGGUGAACGCGCUCCGUCCGCCGCCCGACCUGGACGUGCACAGCUCGAUUCGCGAGGUGACCAGCGCCAUAGUGCAUUACUUUGACUCGACCGGCUCGGCGUCGGGCAGUGCCAGUGAGCUGGGCGGCCGGGCCGGCUCGCCGCGGCGGCGGCGCUCCCCGGCGCGCGGCUCCCGCUCCACGUCGCCGUCGCGGCGGCCCGUCUGGCUCGAGACGGCGUUCGUCGGCACCAAGCCGAUGGAUGAACCGCCCACGCCCGAGGCGGCCGGCGCCGUGCUCUCGGACCCGCUGGCCGCCGGCGGGGGCGGCAGCGGGGGCGGCGGGGGCGGCAGCGCGGCCUCCUCGCCGGCGACGGCGUCCGACUCGGCCCAGCCGCGGCCGGAGCCGCAGGGCGACCGGUACGAGCUCGGUGAGUUGCUGAUGGUGUGAGUGUGACGCCCGCUGGUCGGGGUCAGAGGUCAGGUCAGGUCAGCCCACACAGACGGCUGAUCAGAGGGCCACCGGGGCUCCAUGAGUUCAAUGUCGCUCGCUAGUGUCGCUGCUUGUAUAUAUGCCUCCGAUGGGCGAAUGGCGGGGCAUGUUUCUAUCCGAGAUCCGGUGUUUUGUCGCAGCGUUUGUGUUGCUUUCUGCGCCUGAAGGUGCCGUAAUAAUUGAUUUUGAUUUUUUUCACUCAUUCCGUCUCAGUCUGAAUAUGGUUUUGUUUGGCAUGUUUGUGAUGCUUUUCUAUGUGAUUUUGUAACGCGCAACAGUCUUUUUUUCGUCUGCGAUUUAGAUCACGUAUCACAUAUUGAGACUGCAUAAUUUCCAGGCCCUCAAGAGGAAUACGUAACCUUUGUCCCAUUGUGCACCUUUCCAUCUGAUUCAGGACCAAGUAUUGUCACUCGUUUUUUUUUCUUUUCGUCGAAUCGUGUCCUAUUACAUCUCGUUCUAGAUCGCCCGCUUACCGAGGCGUUGCUGCAUUUUAGCUGCAUGGAUGUUUGCUUGGCAGAGGAGCACUUGUGUUCGUGUUUCGGUUCUUACGUUUGGAAUGCUUAAUUACACGGAUUUGCAGAAUACUUUUUUAUGUAAUCGGUUGCUGAAUAGAUGUGCUAUGUGAAUGACGCUCAUUGUAAAGAAACAAGCCGAUCGUUUUGAACAUCGGGCUUAAUGUUGUUUUGUUUGCAGUGAUCACCGUAUCGUGCGAUCUUUAGUCACGAUUAUGUUGUAUAUUUCAUUAUUUAUCUACUUAAUAAAUUAGUAGAGGGA